GUCAAGAUUAAAAAUUGAAAUGACAUAACAUGAGAUAACCUAAAAAUUGUCGAGCAGCGAGACAGAAAUUAAAGAUAGAAAAAUAGUUCAUUAAAUACGAAAAAGACCGAGAUAAAACAAUUGUGUUUUGAAAAACAUUAAUGUGUUAAUUCUUAAUUUUAUACUAAAAUGUCGUCUCUUUUGCGAUCAACAAAACUUGUGCGAUAUUUUACUGGUGCGGCAAGAACUUUGAUAUUAAACUCUGCUAAGACUGCAGAUGCUAAUUUAUUAAUCAACCCAAAGGCUUUGAGUGCUUCUAACAAUGUCCUCCUACGAGAUUAUGCCACUAGAAAAAGUGAGAGCCUCGAUCCAUUACUCCAGAAGUUGGACCUGGAGGUGAGGAAAUUUGGGAGAAUCACAAAAAAGGAUAUAGAUGAAGUAUUUGAUGAGCUACGAGCCAAUCAUGACAUUACUAGCUCACAAUCAUUAUUGGUUAUCAGAUGUUGUGGGGACCUUGUACCUGAAGAACUGCCUGAGCAAAGAACCCUUCUUGUUCAGAAGAUAUGGAAUGUAUUGACAGAAAGGGGUAUACCCAUGGAUGUCUCCCACUACAAUGCUCUACUCAGAGUCUAUAUUGAGAAUGAACAUCCCUUCUCUCCGGCAAAAUUCCUGGAAGAAAUGGAAAAGAAAGGCUUGCAACCAAAUAGGGUGACAUACCAAAGACUCAUGUGGCGUUACUGCCAAGAAGGUGACGUAGAUGGCGCCACUAAAGUCCUGGAGAAAAUGAGGGAAUUAAACAUGCCAGUGUCCGAACCAGUUCUCAAUGCCCUUAUCAUGGGCCAUGCGUUCCACGGAGACACUGAUGGUGCGAAGGCAGUUUUAGAUACCAUGGCAGGAGCUGGUCUGAAACCGUCCAAUCGUACAUAUGCUUUGUUAGCAUGUGGUUAUGCAAAGCAGGGAGAUAUUGUUAAUGUAGAAAAUAUUAUCACAGCUGCUAAGGAAGAAGACAAUCAUUUGACUGAUAAGGAUUUACUAGAUAUUGUAGAACAACUAGCUCUGGGUGGUCAUGGGGAUAAAGUUGAACAGAUAUUCCCUCACUUACACAAAUCCGCCGGCUACAACCAAGAAGUGUGCAACCUCAUUCUCAAGCUCCUGAACAAAGGUCAUGAGGAUAUCGCCAAGAAAGUCAUGAAAACAAUGCCCAAAGCUUCAAACCAAGAAGACACAAUGUUCAAAGGUGCUUUCUACAUAAAACAUUUGUUAAAAGUAAAGAAAUCUGCCGAUGAAAUAAUUCAAUCUUGUAGGGAACUUCAGGACGAAGGUCUUGUACCUAAUGCGUUAUACAUUGCGACAGAAGCAUCAUUGAAUCAAGGACGCACUGAAUUAGCCCUAAAACUCUUCAAAGAACUCCAAAAAGACGGCAUGGAAAUAAGGCAACAUUACUAUUGGCCCCUCCUAGUACAAAAAGGCAAAGAGCGCGACGAAGAAGGUCUUUUGCAAAUCCUUCGCAAUAUGGCCAAUGAAGGUCUAACACCAACUGGGGAAGCUCUUAGAGAUUACGUCAUUCCUUAUAUGAUGGAGACUGAUACUCCGCAAAAUAUAAUCACGAAGCUACAACUGGCUAAUGUACCGAUAUUCCAUAGUGCGAGAAAUGUAAUGGUUGAACUUUUACAUGCUGGGGAAAUACAAAAAGCCGCUAACAUAGCGUUUAACUAUCGUCCAAGAGGGCAGUUUGCUUUAAUAAGACGCCCGCUUAUAAACGCGUUUAACAAAACGAAAGAUAUUAACUCCUUUGUUAAUAUACUUCACGUCAUAAGCAGUGGUCCGGUCACACCCCAAGAAGAUGUCUCAAAUGAGGAUUUAACUGAUGAAAACGUUACAACAAAUGAAAUAGGCCGUACAUUGAAAAGCGGUAUCAAAGUUGUCGCAAGAGAUAAUAUGGUAGAGGCGCUAUUAACUAAAGCAUUGGCUAAAGGACUGAGAAUAAGUACUGCAGCUGCUGAAGAUAUUCAACAAUUUCUGGGCAAUAAUAUGACAACUCGUAUAUCUGAACUUCUUACAGAGUUGACAUCUCCAGAUUUGGAAAUUGCGCCUUUAGAGAAUUCACGCCGUAACCAAGGUACGCGAUCGGCAGCACAGCUGGAAAAACUAUUGGAACAAGUCCAAAGCAAAGAUGGCAACAACAUAAAUAGGUUACGAAAACAAGUGCUUCAAGCGUAUAUCCAAGAAAACAAUGUUGAAAAGGUGAACAGCCUUGUUGAAGACUUUAAAUCUCAGGCAGACUUUGAACUAAAUUUGUACACACUUGCACAGUUGUUUGAAUUCUACUGCACCAACGAUUUGAUUGAUAAAGCGUUUGAAAUGAAAGCUCAGAUAACCGCAAAAGAUCCUGAAUUUGUAUUGAACAAGUACAAAAGCGUUCAGAUGGCGUAUGCAUUGGUACGGGCUAAUAGAUUUGAUGAAGCUGUCCAAUUCCUUAAGGAGAACAAGUCUUCAAGUGACGUUGAGAAUACAAGUUUCUUACUGAACUCUAAAGCGUGGCAGAUGCUGAACUGUUUGGCUGAAACAAAGGAUGAGGCUAAGGUUAAAGAAAUGACUGCAGUGCUCAUAGACAACGGAUUCAUAGAGCCCUCUAACGUCAUUCUGGGGCCAUUAAUAAAGGUCCACUUACUAAAAGACGACAUAGAAAGUGCCUUGAAAGAGUUCGAACUUUGCUGCCAGAAGUAUAGAAGCACGCCGUGGAAGGGAGAGUUGAUGAAAGCUCUCAUAUUGAAGGAGGAUGCAACAAAAUUGCAAUGGCUAGCUGACCUCAGCACACAGAUUCACGGCGAAGUAAACAUCCUCCACGACCUCGUGCUAGCUUUUGUGGAGUGCGGACGUCUGCGACAAGCGAGACGCAUCCUCGAGACACCUGGACUGCAGACGCGACACAAGCGCCUCACCGACGCCUGCCUGCGAUACGUUGAGGAGGGAAAAUCUGAAUAUCUAGAAGGCCUCCUCGAAGCAACAAAAGAGCUCUCGCACAUCGAUCGUUCAAACAUUUUCUACCACUUACUCGUAACAUAUUGCAAAGCCAAUGAAACCGACAAGGCCUUAGGUCUCUGGACAGUAUUACAAGAAGAGGGUGAAGUGCCGAGCGAUCAAUUCCUGAUAUAUCUCGGAAACCACUUAAAAUCCAAGGAUAGACAAAUCCCAUUCGUAAUACCGGAACAAGUUGCACCGAAACCAGAACCACAACAAACAAAAACUGUGAUCCAAACUAAGAAAUCCGAGAACGAACAACCAAAACCAGUGAAGAAAGACGUAACAGCGCAAAUAGAGAAAUUAACCCAAGAUGGGAAAACUUCGCAGGCUCUGGAGUACGCGUUAAAGUCGAUCGAAGAUGGUGUUUUCCCUAAGACGAAUGUCCUUAAGUUCCUAUUGAAACACUUAGCAGAGCAGGGUGAAGUGGAAAAAAUUCAGGCUUUAGGUAAACAUCUCAACGAGGCGAUGCGUCGCAACGUGACGUACGACGACAAGCUGACCCUUGCUGUAUUCACGAAGGGCAACGGCGCCCAACACGUCGACAAUGUACUGAACGCCGUGGAGUCUGCCACUACUGAUGAGGAGAUUGUAACUGCUUUGAGGAAGUUCCCUCGAAGCAGUGCGCUGGCCAAGGCGGUCCAAAAUGAGGACUUGGCUACCAAAUGUCACAAAGUUGCAGAAUUGGCAGCGUCAAAAGGUCACGUUCUACCCGCCAACUUACUAUGGAUGGAAUAUCUAUUAGCAGACAAAGACAGUGAAGCCGAUUCUCUAUGGAAGAAAUGUUUACAAGACGCAAGCGUAGUUGUGUUCAGAAGACUUCUUCAAGAAAGUCACACGAGGCGGGAACCACAGAGAAUAGAGAAAUUAAUUGAACUCCUGAAAACUAAUAAACAAAUUUCCCCAGCAUCUGUUGGUAAUGCUUACUCGAGAUUGAUCAACUUCUAUUUGGUCGAUAACAAAAUCGACGAGGCAAAAGAAGUAUUGGAUCGCGCCUUAAACAGUGGAAUCGCGAGCGAAAAUCUAAAUAAAACUAGCAUCAAAAGGUUGAAAGAAGCGUUAGAAGCGAAUGGGAAAACGUUCGACUAUAAUAUCAUGUAAAUUAGUUAUAUAUAAAUUUUGGAUAAAUAAUUAGGUUUUUUCAAGAUCAAAUUGUUAACUGCUUGCAACUAAACCUUAAAUUUCAUUACUUAAAAGGGUAUCCAACUUGCGAUAUAGUUUGCAUCAGGUAAAAAAAACACCUUGAAACUGUACUGUGAGCGAUUGAGGCACCACGGUGUCUGUCCUGCCGCACUAUUGGUUUGUCAGUAAAUAUUUCGCUUAUAUAGCUCUUUUUGACAGCAUCUGUAGUCUUAAUUAUAACAUUAAAUCUAUUUAAUUCCAAAUAAGUUCGGACAAAAAUAAAUAAUACUUAAUUAUUCUUGUUCCUUAAUAAUUCUGCACUUAGAUUAGAUACAUAAUAUUUUUUUUUUUUUUACUUUGUUUUAUAUAAUUGUGACAGUAUGGAGACUUAAAAUCUAGGAUACAGAAAAAAUGUUUAACAGCCUGUGCAGAUGAGGGACUUUUGCCUGCAGAGGACAAAAAUGGAUUACUACGAACUGCAUCGAGUAGCGCACCCGAUGGACUAAUAUAAUAAAUAAUACGGUGAAAUACCGUACUGGUACCGUAGAGAUGAGGGACUUUGUCCUCCGCUGACAAUAAUCUCUCGUCUGCGCAGGCCCUAAGGAGACUUAAAUUCUUUUUUUAAACAUUUAUUGACCUCGCGUCGUGUUCAAUUUUUUGUAAAGCGUGAACUUCUAUUUUAAUAAAGGUCCCAGUUCCUAAAUAAAGGAGUGGAUUUGUCCUUGUUAAAUAAAACACUGAAAAAAAAUUUAAAUGUGGCAUGAUUAUAUUUUUUUCCUGUAAAUCAACAUAAUAUUAGGUAUUAUAAAAAAUAACAGCAACAAAAUAUAAUUAUUUGUAUUGUACUUCUUGUAACGCCAAGCUCUACAAGAAGUAUGCACUUUCAUAAAUUAGAUUAGAGACAAUCAUAUUUCAUUAAUUUUAUUGUAAGACUAAAGAAUUGUGUAUCAUGACGUAUAUCUAGAUGUGAUUGGUUCCAUAAGAUUCCGUGUGAGUAUUUUAGUAACUAGUCUAAAAUAAAUUAUUACAAGUUA